AUGACUGUCCAAAUCGCGCCCGACUCUUCCAUACCUAACGGCCAUCACAAAUCCAGCUCUGAUGUACUCCAGCACAUACCUCCCAAAUCGCUAGAAGGUCUAUCAGAAGAAUCCCUAAGUUGCCUGAGGAAUCUAGCUGAUUAUCCAACCCCUCCUACUACCGACUUUGGUCUAGUGAAGCAGGCUGCAGUGCUGGUAGCUCUGUUCCAGAAAGAGGGAGAUGAUAAAUUACAUGUGUUGUUGACUACUCGAGCGAAGACCAUGAGGAGACAUCCCUCGCAGACUGCAUUACCAGGUGGGAAAGUCGAUCCUGAAGAUCCGGAUGUUAUACAUACAGCGCGCCGAGAAGCUUUCGAGGAAGUUGGUCUUCCCUUGGACCAUCCAGAUAUACAUCAUCUGACGAUACUAGAACCGGUCAUGACUAUCUUACCUUUAAAUUCACAUAUGAAAAAUCAUAUAGUCGUUACUCCCGUCGUAUGCUUUAUAUCCUCAGCAUCGAUUCUCAACGACUUGAUACCCAAUCCAGAUGAAGUGGAUGCUAUUUUCACCCAUCCCCUUAAAGGGUGUUUGACGGGUAUAUUGGAUGGUACGGAUUCGGAGGGUUUGGUGGAAGUUGGUGGGGAGUGGUGGCCUCAUGAGGAAGAAUAUCAUUCCACAAAUGAUAGAAUAGGGACAACGGGAGAAUAUCGAAUGCAUCGAUUCAGAACUACCCAUAGUCCUAUCAAAGGAUUGACAUCCGAUGUAUUAAUUCAUACAUCCACCAUAGCCUAUGCUCAACCAACCACAUACUCCCGAUACGCUCUAAACCAAUCGCACUUCCCCAUCUUGAUCUCGAAUGUAGUGAGAGACCUUCCGUUCCAUAUUGAUAAAUCGGUUAAUUCAGGACCUGUCGAAUGGGGAGGGACGGAAGGCGAGAGAUUUAAGAGUAGUGAAACUUGGGCUGCUGGGAAUGCUUAG